AUGUCGGGCGCGGAAAACCCCUGCGCGGUGAACGUAAAUAUUGCGUUUCGACUGGACAAAGGUUUUUAUCUUAACCGGUGUCAGUGCAACACGAGAAUCACGGUCAGCGGUGGAGCGGUGAGUGAGGCUCGCGUGGCGGCCCCGCCGUCGUCUGAUAAGCCUGGCGCGACGCCCCUUGGCGACGCCUACGCCCCACUCGGCGCCGGUGCAUCGUAA